AUGGACACAGUCGUGGCAGGAGCGCUCGCAGCGUUCACUGUGGACCUGCUCAUCUAUCCGCUCGAUACGCUCAAAACACGACUGCAAGCCCCCGAUUAUACAACACGCUUCCCUGCUGGCAGAGGACUCUACGGCGGUCUAUAUCAGGGUGUCGGAAGCGUCAUCAUUGCGACACUGCCAGCUGCCGGUCUCUUUUUCACAACAUACGAAGAGGCCAAGAGCUUCCUUGCUUCUACCAGCUCCCCGCUUGCAAAUGCACCUCCGGCGCUCUCGCAUAUGCUCGCUAGCUCGACGGCCGAGCUCGUCUCUUGUCUUGUUCUGACCCCAGCAGAGAUUAUCAAGCAGAGAGCGCAGGUGGUCAACAAGCAGCAGGAUCAAGGCAAGCGCGCAAGCAGCACUCGAAACUCGACAUCGUCUCCUGCGAAUUCGGCGGCAAGUGCGGCAAAGCAUGUCCUGCAGAACGCCGAGCCAGGGGCAUCGAAAACACAGCUCGCAAAGCAGGCCGUCAAGCAGACGGCUGACACAGUGACCAAACAAGCGCCUCCAGGCAGUGCCGCUUCGACAGCCAGAAACGUCAUGCGCGACGCACAAGAAACGCUGCACCAAGCCAGCUCGCAGCGCACCCCUCCUCGAUCUACGCUCGCGCCGAUAGCAUCCACCUUUGGUCGCUCCUAUCUCGCUCUCGCAGGUCGCAAUCUUCCAUUCACAGCAUUGCAGUUCCCCCUCUAUGAGUCGCUGAGGGAAAGGCUGGGAAAAUGGGCAGGUCUCAAGGCAGGCACGCACAAGGACGACGGCGAGGUCCAAGACGUGCGUUCUUCCCAAGAUUUCACGCGCAAAGCAGCUCGCGACGAAACGAGCGUCGCCGCAGAGUUUGGCAAAGCUGGUCUUGUUGCAGGUGGAUCGGCUGCAAUCGCAGGCUCGUUUGCUGCCGUAGUCACAACGCCCAUUGAUGUAGCCAAGACACGGAUCAUGCUCAAUCCGGGCACAGAUGCGGCCACAAAGCAGCUGGGUGUGGUGGCGACGAUAAAGCACAUUGUAACGAGGGAGGGCUGGAAGGCGUUGAUGAAAGGGGGGGCACUGAGAGGCGCGUGGACUGCUUUGGGUGCCGGUGUCUAUCUGGGCAGCUACGAAGCGGGCAGGCUGUGGUGGAGGGACCGGCAACAGCGUCGAAAGGAUGCGUGA